UUCUUUUCGCCCUCGGGACGUUGUGACGUAGCUUUCUUCCCGUCCCUUUCUUCUCAGUCUUUCUUUCCUCCUAGUUCAGUCCAGGACUUCCGAGAAUCUUUUACGACACCCGUCUCAGAGUCGGUACCGGCGCCGAGUCCACUUUUCGGCAAAGUGACGUGGACGUCAACAGCAAUGGCGGAAGGAGAAGAGGUCUUGCCACUGCCAAUGUCGAGCGGCGACAGCUGGAUUGCUGUGUUUGCUUCUUAUGUACCCAAGAAUGGUUUAUGGAAAAAGAUCUUGAAGAAGCUCUGGAAGCAGGAGGUUGUGAUCUUGAAACUUUGAGAAACAUAAUUCAAGGGAGACCACUGCCUGCUAAUCUGAGGGCCAAAGUUUGGAAGAUUGCUCUAAAUGUUGCAGGAAAAGGUGAUAGUUUGGCAUCAUGGGAUGGUAUUUUAGACCUGCCAGAACAAAAUGCUAUUCACAAAGAUUGCCAAGAGCUUAUUGAUCAGCUUUCAGUGCCAGAGGAGAAGAUAGCAGAAUUACUUUUGGAUAUUGAAUCUGUAAUUACCUUCUAUUGUAAAUCACGUAACAUUAAAUAUAGCCGAUCUCUUAACUGGAUACAUCUACUCAAACCGUUGGUGCAUCUUCAACUGCCACGCAGCGAUUUAUACAACUGCUUUUAUGCUAUCAUGAAUAAGUACAUUCCCAGGGAUUGUUCCCUGAAGGGGAGACCAUUUCAUCUCUUCCGAUUACUCAUCCAAUACCAUGAGCCUGAGCUUUGUUCUUUUCUUGAUACAAAGAAAAUUACUCCAGACUCCUAUGCACUCAACUGGCUUGGAAGCCUUUUUGCAUGUUACUGUUCCAUUGAAGUCACUCAUGCAAUAUGGGAUGGAUAUCUACAGCAAGCAGAUCCAUUUUUUAUUUAUUUUUUAAUGUUAAUAAUCCUGGUUAAUGCAAAAGAAGUUAUUUUAGCACAAGAGUCCGACAGUAAAGAAGUUGUUGUCCAGUUCUUGGAAAAUACCCCAUCCAGUUUGAAUCUAGAAGAUAUAGAAGACCUUUUCUCUCUGGCUCAGUAUUAUUGCAGUAAAACUCCAGCAUCGUUUAGGAAGGAUAAUCACCAUCUAUUUGGUAGUACUUUGUUGGGAAUUAAGGAUGAUGAUGCAGAUCUGAGCCAGGCUCUUUGUCUGGCUGUCUCAGUGUCAGAGAUCCUUCAAGCAAAUCAGCUCCAAGGGGAAGGAGUCCGGUUCUUUGUGGUGGAUUGCCGUCCUGCAGAACAGUAUAAUGCUGGGCAUUUAUCAACUGCUUUCCACUUGGAUUCAGAUCUGAUGCUCCAGAAUCCAUCCGAGUUUUCACAGUCAGUGAAAUCCUUGCUCGAAGCACAGAAGCAGUCCAUUGAAUCUGGCUCCAUAGCAGGUGGGGAGCACCUCUGUUUUAUGGGCAGUGGUAGGGAAGAAGAAGACAUGUAUAUGAACAUGGUCCUGGCACACUUCUUACAGAAAAACAAAGAAUAUGUGAGCAUUACCAGUGGAGGAUUUAUGGCAUUGCAGCAGCACCUGGCAGACAUUAAUGUGGAUGGACCAGAAAAUGGAUAUGGUCAUUGGAUUGCUAGUACCUUAGGCUCAAGAAGCAGUAUCACUUCUUCUGUUGAUGGUGAAUCUGCUAAUGGCUCAAAUGAUAGAGGAAUGAAAUCACUAGUAAAUAAAAUGACUGUUGCUUUGAAGACAAAAUCUGUUAAUGUCAGGGAAAAAGUUAUCAGUUUUAUUGAGAACACGUCAACUCCUGUGGACCGAAUGUCUUUCAAUCUUCCUUGGCCAGACAGAACAUGUACAGAGCGGCAUGUGAGCAGUAGUGACAGAGUGGGCAAGCCUUAUCGUGGUGUGAAGCCUGUUUUCAGCAUUGGGGAUGAGGAAGAAUACGACACAGAUGAAAUUGACAGUUCUUCAAUGUCAGAUGAUGAUAGAAAAGAAGUUGUAAAUAUUCAGACAUGGAUAAACAAGCCAGACAUAAAGCAUCAUUUUCCUUGUAAAGAAGUGAAAGAAAGUGGACACAUGUUUCCUAGUCAUCUGUUGGUUACUGCAACACAUAUGUACUGUUUAAGGGAGAUUCUUUCACGGAAAGGAUUGGCUUAUAUACAGUCUCGACAAGCACUAAAUUCUGUAGUUAAAAUUACGUCCAAAAAAAAACAUCCUGAGUUAAUUACCUUCAAGUAUGGAAACAGCAAUGCUUCAGGAAUAGAAAUCUUGGCAAUUGAAAGGUAUUUGAUUCCAAAUGCAGGAGAUGCUACCAAAGCCAUAAAGCAACAGAUUAUGAAAGUUUUGGAUGCUUUGGAAAGUUAAUAUAAAAGAAAAUUAUUUUAAAAGAAAUUAAGGCAACCAAGAGAAACACGGACAUAUUUUCCUGACUGAAUACUAAUCGGAGACCUUUCCUUUGCUUUUGGAGGUGCUUAAAUAGCAGUUCUAAGGAAGUGUAAAUUAUUAUAAUCAACCUCUGAACAGUUAAAAAAAUUUUAAUUUUCUUUUGCAUUUUUGCUUUUCUAAAAUGAUUUAUUAUACAAGUUAGUUAUUAAAUGACUUUGAAGUCACUGACCCUGUGCUCUCAAGGACUAGGGGUGCAGAAUGCAGUUCUAUUUUGAGGAGCUGUUUUAAGGGAACAUACAUCACUUUUGGGUUUAAAAACAGCCAUACUUACAAAUAUUUGCAAUGUCUUCACUGAAAAUUAGAGAUAGAAUUAGAUGAAGAGGACCACAGCCCUUAUUGCUACAUUUGGUUUUAUCCACUGAGCAACACCAGAAACUAAAAAGUAUUUACAUAAGUUAAUAAUUACCUCGCUGUUUCUAUUUAUCAUAAAGAGUGAACUUUUUUAAUAAAAUGGAUGAAGUUUCCAGCCGACUGAGGAAUGCAGUCCAGCUAGGGAAAUUUGAAACAUCAUUUUCUAAAUCACCUUUGCACUAUUAGGUAAUAAUUUGGGCACUUAAAGCUUCAGAUAAACUAUACUAACCUUCAUCCUAAUGAUUCCUAAAGAGCAUUUAACAGCAUUAUGAUAAGUAAGUAGGCAUGUUAAGAUUAAAGUUAACAUUUGGGGGACAGAAUUUUAUCUGUUAAAAUGUCAUUGGUCUUUCAAAACAAGUGUUGAACAUAAACGUUGAUUUAUCCUCAUUGAGAUUAUGUUCUGUGACCACACUAACAUCCACUUAAAAGCCAAAUAAUCAGAGAGCUACAUAAACUACAAUUGUUUUUAUCAUCACUUUCUGGAAUUUUUCUUCUUUUAGUUUUGUCUUCUCUUAUUAAAGUUGCAGUGGUUUCAAAAUAUUUUUCUCUCAAUAUGAUGAAACAGAAAUAGUUGGCUUUAUUUUGCAGCUUUCUCAAUUUAAUUUACUGAGGUCCAUAUUUGACCCAUUUGGUGAGAAAAAUGCAUUUGGGGCCAUGGAAUGACUUUUUGUAAAGUCAGGUUUGGAAGUAGUAAAUCUAAGACAUAUCUGCCAUGUCUUAAAAUGUAAUGGAUUAUCUCUUAAGGGUUGAUAGGAGAAAUAUUUAGCUGUACCCUGCAAAUAGCUAGUUAUUUUAAUUUACUUAAUGGAAAUCAAGUGAAUAAAAAAAGGCAACAAUUCAAGGAAUUUUAUUCUAAUAUCUAAAUAAAAACAAUUUAAUUGAGUGGUUGAAGACACUUGCAUGAAGUUUCAGCUGAUGCAAACAAAUACUUGAUAUUUAUAACUCCCCCCUUACAAUUGUUUAAUUGUAUUUUUUCCUUUUCUGGCACUUCUUUUAGAAAUGUCCUGAGGUCUGAUUUUUUGGCCCAUUUCAGCCAUGGGACUUUUUUCAUAAUAUUAAUGUAAAGAUGUUUGUGUUACUGUUUAUAAAUUACAGUUGUAAAUAAACCAGUACAGUUUGCUCAAAA